AAAAGGCUGGGCGAGGAAAUCGGGAUAUCAGCGGGAAAAAGUUAAAGCAACACCCGUAAAUAGGAGCUGUUUGCUUAAGACCGAUAAAUACGUCUAAACAAGCCCCCCCCCCUCUCUCGCUCUCUCUCUCUUUCUCCCUCCCUCCGAAGCGUGGUCGAGGAGUGCGGCAGGUGUUCAGCCAAAGGGGGGAGACGCGUCGCUUCAGUCGGCUCCCCGAGCCUCCACAAGGUGACGGACGAGAGAAACGGGCUGAAAAGCGACAGCUGUGAGUACGCAGCGAGGACACUGAAACGUUCUGGGGUUUUCUUUUGGAAGUAAAAACCUUUUUCUUUUUUCCCCCCGACCGGACUGUUGUGGAGGACCAAUAGAGACUGGGGGGGGGGAGGAAAAAAGGGAGCGAAAUGCUCCAGUGUCGCAGCGGGAGUCUCGCCAUCGUCCGUCUAACGGUUUAACGUAGUUUAAACCGACUGUUACUUUUUUUUUUCUUUUUACUUGAACCGGCUCAUUUUUUUCGCAUUUCACGGAGCAAAUUCGAAGGGAUUCAGCCGAGGAAAAAAACUUAAAAUGCGUUUUUUCUUUUCACACUAACCUGUUGUGGUCGUCGUUCCGUGUAACACAAUACUCGGCAACUCAGCCUCUCUGGUGUCCGAGGAGAGGAGAGCCCCUGCCGGGAGGAAAAGAAGGACCCCCGGCCGGUCGUUUCGACCCACUUGGGAUAACAGUUCGCCUUCACUUGGAUUUCUUACUCCCGAUGACACGCUUCUCCAUCACUACGCUUUCGUGGGAGGAGGGUGAACUGUCCGGUUCGUUUUCAUAAUUAAAAAAAAAAAAAGUCGGGAGUGCACAUAGUCGGUUUACCGGAAUCCACGCGCUGUUAAUACGAGCACUCUCCCAAUAGUUAUUAAAUCCCCCCAAGAGAAGACCUCACGGAAAGCGCGGAUUCGAGGGUCGAUAGCAGAGAAUAAGCCGAUAAAGCUAAAAUACACUCAAGUGUAUUAAUCCGGCGCUUUUGGAUCAAUCCUAAUUAAAAUGAGGUAUCGCGGGACGCAGGAGACACCCGGACUCAGAGAUCACCGUUCCGUUACACCGUGAAGCUACGGAGACCCCCCCUUCCCCAUCUUAUUUUUCUUUUCUUUUCGAGUUUUUUUUUAAUUAAUUUUUUUUAAUUUUUAAAAAACCGUAGCCGAGGACCUUUUGGGAGCGACAAAGCGACAGCGGCCGAAGUCCCGGAGCUCCCGUGCUUCACUUCCCCGGGGAGGCGCGGAGCCGAAGCCCGUUUCCUCGGACUCCUUCUCAGCCGCGUGCGAGGAGCAGCGCGAGAGAGAGAGGAGGAGGAGGAGGGGGGGGAGAGGAGGAGAGAGAGAGAGAGAGAGAUUAUAGUUGCAGCACCAAGCGGGACACGGGCGCUCUCGGUCCCCCCCUUUUUUUUCACCUUUCCGUGAUGAAACCGGGAAUUUUGAGCCAGGAGGGGUCCGCGGCGAUGAGCCGGCCGAAGAGGACGGCGGCGGGGACGGCCCGCGGCGGGAGCCGGUGCCCGCCUCUGUUUGUGCUGCUCCUUCUCGGGUGCUGCUGCCACAUGUUGCACGGACAAGAGGUGGCUCCCUACCUGCGGGGGGGUGGACCGAGGCAGCAGGUGGUGUUGGAGGGAAACAGGUUGGUGCUGACCUGCCUGGCUGGAGGCAGCUGGCCGCUGCAGUACCGCUGGACCCUGAACAACAGCGACGUCACCGGCUGGACGCCUCAGUACAGGUUGUCUGUCCGGUCUGUGAAGAGGACUGAUGCAGGCCUGUAUCAGUGCGUGGUGAGGAACCGGAUGGGAGCCGUCAUACACCGGAGGACCGAGGUGCAGGUGGCCUUUAUGGGGACCUUCUCCGCAGAGGAGCAGAGAAAGACGGUGACUCAGGGCCGAGCUGCCAUCCUCAGCCUGCCUCCCCUCGCCUCUUUCCCCCGACCCCUGGUCACAUGGUACAAGGACGGGCACAAGAUAAUCCCCAACAACCAAAUCGCAACCACUCUGGACAAUCAGCUGGUCGUCCUGGCGACCACAGCGGCGGACGCCGGGCGCUACCACGUCGAGGCGGUGAACGAGAUGACGGGGGAGAAUGCCACGAGUUCCGCCGUCUACCUCAGCAUCUCAGGUCCGGAGUCGGAACUCGUGGCUCCGGCGAUUGUGAUCCCCCCCAAAAACAAAACGGUGGUGGCGGGCAGCAGCGAGGCAACGCUGGAGUGCAUCGCUAAUGCCAGACCGAUGGACGGCCUCGUGGUGUCAUGGAAACGAGACGGGCGUCGUCUGGCCGGUGGCCGUCGGCUCGUUUUUCCGGCCCCGAACUCGUCGGACUCCGGGUUGUAUGUUUGUGAGGCGUCGCUUAGCAACAGCACUGCCAAACCUGUGGAGGCCAGGGCACACCUCACGGUGAUGGAGCUGCCUUCCCUCACUGCUCAACCUAAGAGGAAGAUCCUGGCUGACCUCGACAGGAACGUGGAUAUCCCCUGCGUGGCUACAGGUGUGCCCCAGCCCAGGAUAGAGUGGUACAAGGACACGGUGCCCCUUUCCAAGCUGGCCAACCCCCGCUACAAGGUCACCGCGGCAACCGGGCUGACGGUGCGCAGGGUGCAGCCCGGAGACGGGGGGAUCUUCCAGUGCUUCGCCCGCAACGCUGCCGGAGAAACUCAGGCACACGCUCAGCUGCUCGUGUCCAGCGUGCGCCCCUCAUUUAUGUCCACGCCGUCCGACCAAACGGUAACGGAUGGGACCGCGGCCCUGUUCGCGUGCCAGACGAACGGUGCUCCGAAGCCCGCCAUCACCUGGAGGAAAGGAUCGCAGGUCUUGGCGAGCGGCUCCUUCCAGGUUCCCAGGUUCACGCUGUUGCAGUCAGGUGGUUUGCAGAUUCAGCCGGUCAGCUUCCAGGAUUCCGGAGAGUACACCUGCAUCGCCUCCAACUCGGGCGGGACCAUCAACGCCACCUCGGCGCUCACCGUCUGGACCCGCACAGCCAUUUCUGUGCCUCCAACCGACCAGCGCGUCAUCAAAGGAACCACUGCUAUUCUGGACUGUAACGCAACCCACGACCCCAGAGUCAACAUCAGCUUCCAGUGGGAUCGAGGCGGUGUGCCGAUCCGUCCCACCAACGUGGGUCGGGUUUCCAUGCGCCAGGGCUCUCUCACCAUUGGCCAGACGUGGUCAGGCGACAUCGGGGAUUACACCUGCACCGUGACGUCGCAGGCCGGCAACGCCUCUCACUCUGCGCGCCUCGAAGUCAUCGAGCUGCCGCACUCCCCCCGCUCCCUGACGGCCGGCCUCAACGAGUCGGACUCCCGCUCCGUCCACCUGUCCUGGUUACGGCCCUUCGAUGGCAACUCGCCUCUGCUGUACUACCUGCUGGAGCUCUCCGAGAACAACUCGCCGUGGAAAGUCUACCUAUCAGAGGUCGAUCCAGCGGUGUCCCAGGUGUCGGUGGGCGGGCUCACACCUGCCAGGACCUAUCAGUUCAGGCUCUGUGCGGUCAAUCAAGUGGGCCGGGGUCAGUACAGCGCCGAGACGCAGAGAUUGAUGCUGAGGGAGGAGGCCCCCAGCGCUCCUCCGAAGAACAUCGUGGCCAGUGGGAGGACAAACCAGUCCAUCAUGGUCCAGUGGCAGCCUCCGCCCGAACCCCAGCUCAACGGAGUCCUCCGAGGAUACCUGCUCAGGUACCGUCUGGCUGGGCUGCCAGGGGACUACCAGGAGAAGAACAUCAGCAGCCCGGAGACCAACUACUGCCUGCUGAAGGAUCUGAUCAUCUGGACACAAUACCAGAUCCAGGUGGCCGCCUUCACCGGAGCCGGCCUGGGCGUCUACAGCAGCGCCGUCACCGAGUACACUCUGCAGGGAGUCCCCACAGCCCCCCCGCAGGAAGUGGAAGUUCUAGCUAUCAACUCGACGACCAUCCGCUUCACAUGGAACCCUCCGCCUCAGCAGUUUAUUAAUGGCAUCAACCAGGGCUACAAGCUGCUGGUGUGGCCUGAGCAGUCCCCGGAGGACGCCAUCGUGGUCACCAUCACGCCGGACUACCCCAGCUCGCGCCACACGGGCCUAGUCAGCGGACUCAAGAAAUUCACGUGGUACUUUGGCUCCACCCUCUGCUUCACCACACCCGGAGACGGCCCCCGCAGCCCGCCCUCUCUGCUGCAAACACACGAGGACACACCUGGACCCGUUCGCCUCCUGAGCUUCACUGAAAUCUUGGACACAUCGCUCCGAGUCAGCUGGGCCGAGCCUGAAGACAAGAACGGCAUCGUUAUCGGCUACCAGUUGUGGUGGGAGGUGUCUGGCGCCGAGUCAAGUCGGCAGGAACGUUCACUGUCCAACUCCACCCUGCAGUACCAGCUGACGGGCCUCACCUCCACCACCGCGUACACGCUGCGGGUGGCGGCGCUCACCGCCGCGGGGCGGGGCGUGGUCACGCCCUCCACCAUCUCCACCGGAGUGCCACCAGAGCUUCCUGGUGCGCCCUCCAAUCUGAUCAUCUCCAACAUCAGCCCUCGGACCGCCACCGUGCGCUUCCGCCCCGGGCCCGACGGCAAGACCGCCAUAUCGCGAUGGAUCGUCGAAGGCCAGGUGGUGAAGGAGGACGGGGGGGAAGGGGCGUGGCGAGUCGUCCUCGAGCAGGGCAGCCGGCCAGACGCCGACGCGCUGGAGGUCCCCGACCUCACGCCGUUCACCCAGUACAGGUUCAGGAUGCGUCAGGUGAACAUCGUCGGCUCCAGUGCCAUGAGCGCCCCCUCCAGGCUGAUUCAAACCCUGCAGGCUGCCCCCGACACGCACCCCUCUAACUUCACCCUGCUGUCUGCCACACAGACCAGCCUGCGCUUCAACUGGAAGCCCCUUCCAGAGUCCGAGUACAACAGCAGCCCAGAGACCGUGGGGUACCGACUCAGACUGUGGAGGACAGACGGCCAGGGGGAGGACAGGACGCAGGACGUGGAGAGAGCCGCGGGCCCCAGUGAGACCACGGUGGAGGGCCUGAACCCCUGGACCAAGUACCAGGUUCAGAUCCAGGCCUACAACUCCAUAGGACCCGGACCGUGGAGCGAGACGCUCGCCGCCCUCACCGCGGAAUCCGUUCCAUCCGGGUCCCCGGUGAAUGUGACCGCUGAGGCAGUGAGCUCCACCAGGAUCCUGCUCAAAUGGUCCGCCCUCCCCCAGGCACAGAGGAACGGAGUCGUGCUCGGAUACAAGGUGUCGUACAGCGAGAAGGACGCCGAAGGCCCCCCCACCGUCCGGGUGGCAGAAGGCGAGGGGGGGACGACGCUGCUGCUCGACGCUCUGCAGAAAUACUCCAUGUACGUUCUGCAGGUGCUGGCGUACACGCGGAUGGGCGACGGGCCGCAGAGCAGCGCCGUGCUGCUGAGAACCAAGGAAGAUGUCCCAGGCCCUCCUGUCAGGAUGGUGUUUCCAGAAGUUCGGUUGUCAUCCAUUAGGGUGGUUUGGCAGCCACCCACCAACCCCAACGGCAUCAUAUUAGGCUACCAGAUCUCGUACUGCUCGGACAGCAGGGACCCUCGGCGGUGGACCACGGUGGAGGUGGGCUCCAACGCGCGGCAGUUCACCGUCACGGGGCUCUCCCCCGAGCAGGCCUACGUUUUCCGACUCACCGCCCGCACCGCCGUGGGCUGGGGGGCGGAGCAGGAGGCCCAGGUCGUCACCACGGAGCGCAGAGAGCGUCCCCAGCCACCCAGGAAGCUCGCUGCUCCCCAGGACGGCGUCGAAUCGCGCCGCCUCCGCCUCCACUGGGUGACGGGCGGCUCCGGUUCCUCGCCGCUGAGGUACUUCACCGUGCAGGCCAAGGAGCUGCCCAGCGGGGACUGGAGCACACACGCCGCCGACAUCCCGCACAACGUGACCUCCUGGACCGCGGACAGGCUGAAGCCCUUCACAUCAUACAAGUUCCGGAUGCUGGCCACCAACGACGUGGGAGACAGCGUCCUCAGCAAAGAGACAGAGGCUGUUACAACUCUACAGGACGUGCCCGACGAGCCCCCACUGAUCCUCGCUGUGAAACCUACAACCACUACCUCAGUCCUGGUGCAGUGGGAGCGUCCCAGCGACGACAGCAUCAACGGCGUGCUGACGGGAUACCGCCUGUAUUAUAGAGAGCUCCCGGUGAACACCUCCACUUUGGCUGAAGCAGAGGUGCAGGCGACCAGGAACAACACCACGAGCGCCCUCAUUACGACCAAGAGCACGUUCAAGACGGUGAGCAGCGCCUCGCUGACCGAGUUCGAGUUGACGCAGCUGAGGAAGUUCAAACGCUACCAGAUCGUGAUGACCAGCUACAACAUCGUUGGAGAGAGCCCCCCCUCGUUCCCAGUCGAGGUGUCUGUUGGAGAAGCAGCUCCCUCGGUGGCCCCUCAGUCCAUCAAAGUGUCGGCCGUGUCUUCCUCCAUCCUGGAAGUGACCUGGGACACCCCCCCUCUGGAGACCCAGAAUGGACUCAUCCAAGGAUACAAGGUCCACUACUGGGAGAGGGACAAGCAGAACCAGACUGAGAAGGUCCAGGUGAUCUUUGUCCCGGACACCCGGGUGCACCUCACCAACCUGACCAGCUACACGCAUCACCUGGUCACCCUGACCGCCUUCAACACGGCCGGGGACGGCCCCCCCAGCGACCCCCGCGGGGCCCGCACGCUCCAGUCCGCUCCCAGCCAGCCCAGCUACCUGUCCUUCUCGGAGGUGACGGGAGGAAGCCUCAAUGUGUCCUGGGGGGCGCCGCUCACCCCCAACGGACAACUGGAGGGCUACAGGGUCGUCUACCAGCCCACCGCUCCGGUGCACGGAGUGAGCAAAGUGGUGACGGUGGACGUGAGGGGCAGCUGGCAGCGGUGGCUGAAGGUCCGGGACCUGGUCGCCGGGGCGACGUACGCCUUCAGCGCCCAGGCGCUCACCGUCAGCUACGGGCCACCAGUCCGGGCCAACAUCAGCGCCAGCCCGGUGCAAGGCUCCCCCGGGUCACCGACGGAAAUGUCCAUCACCAAGACGGCCUCCGCCCUCACCCUGCACUGGGCGGAGGGGGAAACGGGCGCCGCGCCCGUCAGCGGCUACGUCGUCGAGGCGCGUCCGUCAGACGAAGGAGUGUGGGACACCUUCAUCAGACUCCUCCCCCCCAGCAGCAGGUCUGUUUCAGUCCCACUGGAGCGCCUGAGGUCUGGGAUCAGCUACGAGUUCAGAGUCAUUGCUGUUAAUCGCCAUGGUUACGGACAGCCGAGCUCACCCUCUGCUGCUCUCGCCGCACUGUCGGAGCGCCCGUUCUACGAGGAGUGGUGGUUCCUGCUGGUCAUGGCCCUGGUGGGACUCAUCCUCAUUCUGGUGCUGGUCUUCACGCUGCUGCUGCACGGACACAGCAGCAAAUACAAGGCGUGCGGCACAGGGAAACACGUGUCCACAGCGGAGGUGUCGGUAACCCUGGACAACGGAGGUUUCACUGCUUUGGAGCUCAACAGUCGAACCCUCAACACCAAGAACUCCUUCCUGAAAAAGAACGGCACCAGGUCUCCUCCGAGGCCGAGUCCAGGUGGUCUUCACUACUCGGACGAGGACAUCUGCAACAACUAUAACGGCGCCGUGCUCACCGAGAGCACCGCCCUCACAGAGAAACCCGCCGAGGUGUCCGAGUCAGAGCUAACAGACAGCGACUACGAGGACGAGCAGCCCAAGCACUCCUUCGUCAACCACUACAUGAGCGACCCCACCUACUACAACUCCUGGAAGCGGCAGCCCAAGAGCCUCAAGCCCAUCGGCGCCCCCUUCGGCUACGAGGAGUGCGCCACCGCCGCCGCCGACACGGAGCCCUACUACCAGACGGUGGUCACCCAGCACAGCACAGGCGGCGCGUACACCCCCACGGGGCAGCCGGCCCACACCCACGUCAACCCCAGCACCAACCCGCCCCCCCCGGGGUCACGCACCCCCGUGACGGGGUUCUCCUCAUUCGUUUGACUGGAGAGACCAGAUCUGCACAAGAAUGACACACACACACACACACACACGUACACAAAACGAAGGGAGGGGGGAGUGUGUUUGGACUAAAGGUGAGAGGGGGGGGGCUGGGGGGGGUGAGAUGAGGAGGCGUGGGACGGACUGGUAAAGAAACAGCCCCUCAUGCCCCGGAGAACUAAACCCCCCUCUCCCACUCACCUUCGCCCCUCGUUCACAAAGGUCCUCACCGCCUCGCAGAGUGUGUGUGUGUGUGUGUGUGUGUGUGUUACCCUCCAGUUGUGUUACGCCUCCGUGUCACUGUGCUCACACGCACAAACACACACACACACACACAGUUCCUUGUUCCCACACACACAUUCACAGCAGGGCACCAGAUGCCUGUGACUGUUGGUAAGACUUUGAGGGGAGAGCUCCACCUUCGUCUGGUGGAACGGGGGAACUUCUGCACAACGCUUCGUCUCUGUUUUCUGUAUUUACACUGAAGUGCACAACCCCCCCCACCUCCUCCCCCACCGCUCCCCCCACUGCGGCAUGCACUCCCCGACGCGCCAUAUCAGCACCUCCCCGCCGCCCGGGAGGGAGGAACUCACGAGGUCCAGUUGAAUCGUUAGAAGACGGCACAGGAGGGAUUUUGGUACGAAAACACAACUCGGAGCUGUCGGCGUUUGAAACAGCGCCACCUAGAGGACAAGAAGGGGAGAGACUAGCAAUCAAUCCAUAAUCACCUUGUUUUUUUAAGUGGACGGGGGAGGGAGAGCGAGCGGGGGGGGGGGGGGCUGCGUGACGUCUACUGCCGGUUGUCAUCGCUCCUCACCCCACAGCCCCCCCCCCCUUCUCCCCCCGGACGCUCGCACUGACCCCGACCCCCCCGCACAUUUACACUCUCUGCUGUGGAAGUUUCUUCUUUUUUUUUUUUUUACAAGUCCGUUUGCGUCUGAGUGUGACGCGUGUGCGUACGGGCCGUGUGUCAAUGCCCCCCCCCGUGUUCAGCCAAGAAGCCUGUUGCCCCCCCCCGUCUCUGUUGCUCACUGCUAAGCAAAGCUCGCCAUUGUGUGUGUGUCUGUGGUUUUUAGGAUGGAUUUUGUACAGGGAAACCCGUUUCACUAGCGUGCUGUUGUAUGUAGUUAAAAGCAAACGGCUCCGGAGCGAAGCCGUCAGGUACGCCGGCAGGUGAGAGGGGGAGGUGGGGGAAGAAGGGGGGGGAAUCGCUCAACAAUCAUCAUGAAAAACAAACCAGCUGUGUGAGUUUGGAACGAGGUUGCAGGGUGCUUUAGGGGAACCGCUCUGGUUCAAACACAGUGGGAUUGAACUUUGAAUCAUGAGGCCCGACUGCCUGCACUCCAGCUGCUCACGUCCACUUUGUACCGAGUGCUAAAUCCUCUGUAAGCUCAUGUAUAAUUUAAGAAGUUUCUGCUCCGUCCCAGCCAGCCAGCAGCCUCCCUCACUCCGCCACGCUUGUUUUCAGUCCCAUUUCAGUGUGUGAAUAAAUGGUCAUUGUUUAAACCGGCGUGUCUCUGUGGUCCUUUUUCCUCUACAUUACACUGAA